GCGGGGCGGCCGCCGGCGCCGCUCACCCGGCCGAUCCGGGCCCUGGGCUGACGCCACGGCCCCGCCAAUCCGCUGCGGCCGGGCCGGGCCCGGCACCGCCCCCGGCGGCUCCCACAGGGACGGGCCGGAGCGGCCGCCGCCGCCGCGGGUGCGCGGGCUGAGUCAGCGCCCCCGCCCAAGAUGAACAUCAUGGAUUUCAAUGUGAAGAAGCUGGCGGCUGACGCGGGCACCUUCCUGAGCCGCGCCGUGCAGUUCACAGAAGAAAAGCUUGGUCAGGCAGAGAAGACUGAACUGGAUGCUCAUCUGGAGAACCUUCUCAGCAAAGCAGAAUGCACUAAAUUAUGGACAGAAAAAAUAAUGAAGCAAACAGAAGUAUUGUUGCAGCCAAAUCCAAAUGCCAGAAUAGAAGAAUUUGUCUACGAGAAGCUGGACCGCAAAGCACCAAGUCGCAUGAAUAACCCAGAGUUACUAGGCCAGUAUAUGAUUGAUGCUGGGAAUGAAUUUGGUCCAGGAACAGCCUAUGGAAAUGCACUCAUUAAAUGUGGAGAAACACAAAAACGAAUUGGAGCAGCAGACAGAGAACUCAUUCAAGCUUCUGCUAUAAACUUCCUCACUCCCCUAAGAAACUUUAUUGAAGGAGACUACAAAACUAUUACUAAAGAACGUAAACUGUUACAAAAUAAAAGACUGGAUUUGGAUGCUGCAAAAACGAGACUGAAGAAGGCAAAAGUUGCAGAAGCUCGAGCUGCACAACUAAACAUCUCUCAGCCUGAAGAGAAUAACAUUAUGAUAUGGGCUGAGGAAGUGACAAAAUCUGAACAGGAGGUGCGAAUUACUCAGAGCGAAUUUGACCGUCAAGCAGAGAUUACCAGACUGCUGCUGGAGGGAAUCAGCAGCACACAUGCACAUCAUCUCCGCUGUCUGAAUGACUUUGUGGAAGCUCAGAUGACCUAUUAUGCACAAUGUUACCAAUACAUGCUGGAUCUCCAGAAACAACUUGGAAGCUUUCCAUCUACUUUCCUCUCCAACAACAAUCAGUCUUCCACAACUCCUGUGCAGAGUGUUUCUUCUCCCUCAGUCUUGGCCUCAGCCUCUGCUUCAUUGCCUUCAGUAAGCAAUUCAAUGGUUACUUCAGGCCUCAGUGAACUGAAGUCAUCAAGUGGCAGCAGAAAAGCAAGAGUUCUCUAUGAUUAUGAUGCUGCAAACAGCAGUGAAUUAUCUCUACUUGCAGAUGAGGUGAUAACAGUGUACAGUAUCCCUGGCAUGGAUUCAGACUGGCUGAUGGGUGAAAGGGGAAAUCAGAAAGGCAAAGUGCCUAUUACUUAUUUAGAACUGCUAAACUAAGUGGCUGGCCUCAAUAGAGACUGUUGAUUAUGGCAACACCAUAUUUAUAUACAAUUAGCGUUAUGUAAGCAGGUUUAUGUGUCUUCCAUGUUAUUGUCUUGAGGGACAAAUACCAGCCAUUAAAAUCUGGCUUUUCUGCCAGCAUGGUUGCACGGUCAAUACUCUAUUCAAAUUUAAUGUGUUUAAAGCUUUUACUUCAUGUGCCAAGAACGUUUCCUACAGAUUUGUUUCUACUGAAGUUUUCACUAAUACAAGCUUCUACUUUUGAGUAAUCUAGAUUGAAAGCAGGAGGUACUGUUUUCUACUGAAAUUUUUCAUUAAUGGCAAAGCUUUUCUUCACAUAAAAUAAACUUAUUGUGAACUGA